AAGGGCCAAGAAGAUGAGUUUUUAAACUCCAUUAAUCUAAUUUUCUAUAUAUGCUCUUAACGCUUCAGCGCACCGAAAAUAGUCAAGACACCAAGAAAACUGCUACUUAUCCCACAUUGCAACAAUGGCUUCCGAACCUGAUCAGCUUCACUUUGUUCUGAUACCGUUAAUGGCACCGGGCCACCUGAUCCCCAUCGUAGAUAUGGCCAGGAUAUUGGCACAGCGUGGUGUGACUGUCACCAUCGUCACUACACGCCUUAAUGCCGCCCGACUCAAUAUUACAAUUGAUCGAGCCAUCGAAUCAGGGCUCCCAGUCCGGCUUCUCCAACUCCGGUUCGCAUGCACCGAGGCCGGGUUGCCGGAGGGAUGUGAGAACUUAGAGGCUCUCCCCUCACGAGAGCUGUCCAAGAAUUUCUUCCAUGCAGCUAGCAUGUUGCAAUACCCAGUUGAACAGUGCUUGAAAGAGCUUCAACCUCGUCCAAGUUGCAUCAUCUCCGACAGAUAUCUUCCCUGGACAGCUGAUAUUGCUCGAAAGUUUCAGAUUCCGAGGCUCGUUUUCGAUGGGACAAGUUGCUUCGCUAACACAUGCUCCCACAACAUACAAGUUUCCAGGAUUUACGAAAAGGUUUCUGAGUCGGAGUCCUUUGUUGUGCCUUGUUUGCCUCAUCGAAUAGAAUUGACUAAGGCUCAAUUACCAGACGUCUUCAAUCCAAGCACGUUGCACUUGAACGACUUGCAGCAGGAAAUUGAAGCUGCAGAAAUGGCAGCAUAUGGAACAAUUCUCAACACUUUUGAGGAGUUGGAACCAGAAUAUAUCAAAGAAUAUAGAAAGGUGAAAGGAGGUAAGGUUUGGUGUAUUGGCCCAGUGUCACUGUACAACAAGGAUACCUUAGAUAAGUCUCAAAGAGGCAACAAAUCCUCAAUAGAUGAAAUCCAGUGCUUGAAGUGGCUUGAUUUAUGGCCUGCAUGCUCUGUACUUUAUGCUUGUCUUGGAACCCUCAGUUGUCUUGAGCCUAAGCAACUGAUUCAGUUAGGACUGGGCUUAGAAGCUUCUAACCGUCCAUUCAUAUGGGUUAUAAGAGAAGGAUACAAAUCAGAUGAACUCGAGAAGUGGAUUUCAGAAGAAAGAUUUGAGGAGAGAACGAAAGGAAGAAGCCUUUUGAUCCGCGGUUGGGCUCCACAGGUACUAAUACUAUCUCACCCAGCCAUCGGAGGGUUCUUGACGCACUGUGGUUGGAACUCUACACUGGAAGGGGUAUGUGCAGGAGUGCCGAUGAUAACAUGGCCUCUGUUCUCUGAGCAAUUCUACAAUGAGAAAUUUGUUGUCCAGGUGUUGAGUAUUGGUGUGAGUGUGGGGGCUGAGUAUGCUGUAAAGUGGGGGGACGAAGAGAAGUAUGGGGUUAUGGUGAAGAGUGAGGAUGUAAAGAAGGCCAUUGAUCUGCUGAUGGAUGAAGGUGAUUGGGAAGGAGAGACGAGAAGAAAAAGAGCCAGAGAAGUUGCAGAGAUGGCAAACAAGGCGGGAGGAGGAUCUUCGUACCAAAAUAUUACACUGCUGGUCGAAGAUAUCAGGCAACAUGCCACUGCCAACAAAGUUAAGACGUGCUUGUGACAAUGGGUGCCUAAAACUACAAUCAGCUGAUGGUCUUUUGUUGUAUCAAACAGUAGUAUUGAAAUGUGAUUGGGAAGUCCAUGUUAAUUGGCAUAAUAAAAAAUAUCAAUGCCCUUGGUAGAACUAGACCAUCUCAUUGGUGUUAAUUGUUCUCUCUUUACCUCAAUCCUUUUCUCGUAGGAAGGAAACUCAUGUUAGCCCAAACAUUGCUGGGAUCAGUCGAUCGUCAUUGUCUUUAGUCAUAUUUUAACCAUUGCUUGUUAGAGGAUAAACCUCUGCAGCAAGUCAUCCACAGUAUCAGCACAUCUCUUUUUUGAUGAAUAAAAACCCUUCAUAAGCUCAAAACUCAACAUCCUUACACUCCAGUUAAAACUGGAUACAAAACCUGCAUAGGACAAUCCCCAAGCAAGGAAAACUACUUGAACAGAAAAAAGAACCUGCUAAACCACUACCAAUAUCAGCACAUCUCUACAUCAACUCUACUGCAUCAGCACAUCUCUGCAUCAACUCCUCAUCCACGGCAGCACAUCUCUACAUCAUCAAGUUACCAUUGCAGAACACACAAGUCACAGCCAAGCCAUACCUCUGAUCUCUUGCCAUUCCUCAACCCAUACCACCAUGUAAUCAGCCUUUAGUUUAUCUCUUUGUACUCUGGUCUUUACCCUUUCUUAUAAGUCUAUAUAUUAGCUUAUUUUGUAACCAAACAAGCAAUGAAAUCAAGCAAGAUGUAGUUGUUAAUUUUA